GACCGGCAGUCAGAUAAGGAAGGGUGGUAGGGCUCUGGGGCUUUCAGAGCGAUGCCACAUGCCCUGCCUUCUAGAGAUGGGAGAGUGAGGGAAGGUGGAUUCCCAAAGGAGAAUGCCAUCCCGGAGAAGGGGACUCGGGCCCUCGGGAGCUGGGGUGGGUCACAAAGAGAGAAGCCUGAACAGCCUAAAGAAGGCGCGGGGGAGGCGGGGAGGUCACAGCCUCGAACCCCAGACUGUGAGGUUCCCCAACUGGGAUCUGGGACCCCGAGAUCCCAAGCCAGCGACUGCAGGCAGAUCAGAACCCCUUCCCUUGCCCGCUCUUGGGUCACUGCGGAUCUCUAAGCCCCGCCUCGCAGGCCCCACCCCUACGGAUAUUAGGAGGGGAGGGCCAGACACCCUCCCUCCUCCUAGGAGCGCUCUCUGAGGGGGAGGGGGUGAGGACGCAUGGGGGGGCAGGAUUAGCCGACGUCGCCAUGGCAACUAGGCUGGUGGUCUGCCCUGGAGAGCCGGGAGGGAAGCAAGGAGAAAGCAAUGGAGGGAGGCACCGUGGGCUCGCUCUCCCUCCCUCUCGGCUCAGACUGCCGGACUCCGCGCUCUUCUCGCCGGCCGCCCUGGGAAUCGCCGGCCGCCACCGCCCAGCCCGCACCCGCUGUCCCCCCAGUGCUUGGGCACCUGUUGGAGGCGCAGAGCCAGGGGUGCUGCAUGAGGGGCCGCAGGGGCGACCGCAUGACCAUCAACAUCCAGGAGCACAUGGCCAUCAACGUGUGCCCCGGGCCCAUCCGGCCCAUCCGCCAGAUCUCUGACUACUUCCCCCGCCGGGGACCAGGACCCGAAGGGGGUGGUGGGGGCUUUGGAGAGGCCCCUGCUCAUCUGGCUCCCCUGGCCCUGGCACCCCCCGCAGCCCUCCUUGGGGCCACCACACCCGAGGAUGGAGAUGAGGUGGACAACUAUGACUCGGAUGAUACCACUGCCCUGGGCACGCUGGAGUUUGACCUUCUCUACGACCAGGCUUCUUGCACUCUGCACUGUAGUAUCCUCAGGGCCAAGGGCCUCAAGCCCAUGGAUUUCAAUGGCCUGGCCGACCCCUACGUCAAGCUGCACCUGCUGCCUGGAGCCUGCAAGGCCAAUAAGCUAAAAACUAAAACUCAGAGGAACACACUGAAUCCCGUGUGGAACGAGGACCUGACCUGGAGUGGGGCUCAGGUUCCCCAGGGGGCCUUGACCCUGCAGUUCCCUGCCAGGAUCUCCGUCUGUGACGAGGACAAGCUGAGCCACAAUGAGUUCAUCGGGGAGAUCCGCGUCCCUCUCCGCCGCCUCAAGCCUUCACAGAAGAAGCAUUUUAACAUCUGCCUUGAACGCCAGGUCCCGUUGGCUUCACCCUCUUCCAUGUCUGCGGCGCUGAGAGGCAUCUCCUGUUACCUGAAGGAGCUGGAGCAGGUGGAGCAGGGGCCUGGGCUGCUGGAAGAGCGGGGGCGCAUUCUGCUGAGCCUCAGCUACAGCUCCCGGCGCCAGGGGCUGCUAGUGGGCAUCGUGCGCUGUGCCCACCUGGCUGCCAUGGAUGUCAACGGCUACUCCGACCCCUACGUCAAGACGUACCUGAGGCCAGACGUGGAUAAGAAGUCCAAGCAUAAAACGUGUGUGAAGAAGAAGACUCUCAACCCGGAAUUUAAUGAGGAGUUCUUCUAUGAGAUGGAGCUCUCGGCUCUGGCCACCAAGACACUGGAAGUCACAGUCUGGGACUAUGACAUUGGCAAAUCCAACGACUUCAUUGGUGGCGUAUCCCUGGGGCCAGGCACCCGGGGAGAGGCCCGGAAGCACUGGAGUGACUGUCUGCGGCAGCUGGACACCACCCUGGAGCGCUGGCACACCCUGACCAGCGAGCUGCCCCAGGCAGCUGGAGCCCUUCCCUCAGCCUGAGAGGACGGUGGCUGCCCAGUACAGGCCCCCUGGGGCUGGGUCCAGCACCCAACCUUCGCACGAGUGUGUUGCACGUUUACACGGGGUGGAUGCCCCACUCUGCACUACUUGUCUUAUUUAGUGAGAGUCUCCAUGACCGUGGGUCUGUCUUCUUGUGAGGGACUGUGGAGAUCUAUGUUCACAUAUGCAAACUUCCUCCUGCCUGACUCGCUACAACAUGCAAAUAUGCAAACCACCCGUCCUGUGCACACCUGGCACACCUGCCGGGGGAGUCUGCAGUGCCCUAUCCCAAGCCCCAGCUGCUGCUCCUCUCUCCUGCCUCUCCAGGCUGCCCGUCCCCCUCCCCACACAGGGAGGAGGUCGGAUUGGGGGGGGUUUGGAGGAGACCGUUUCCAAAACAGAACAAAAAAAGACAAA